AGACUGGAAUAGCUGCGUUUAUCCGAACUAAUGGCGAUGGCGACAGCGAUGCCAAUGCGUUGCUCUUGCUUUCUUUCCCGCCCGAAAAAUUCUCCGCGAUCUCCUCCCUCCGAUCAGUUAACGAGGAAACUCCAUUUCUCCGGGAAAAUGCCUCAUGGUUCAGUUAAUGUGAGCAAUUUUGUUACAUUUUGUGGAGACAGCAUCGUCACGCCAUCUGGGAUACAGAAUUCGUCGCCGGUUCUAAAAUGUCAGGGAAAUAAUGAGACAAAAUUUCCAGUUAUGGCGUUUCUGUUAGCUAAUGUAUAUACAUUUUCCGUACCAUUGAAAGUUUUGGCUGAAACAUGCGAGGCUGAGAAUUCUGCUUUCAACAUGCCAAUCCUUCUUUCUGUCUCCCUUAUAGGGGCCACUGUUGGAGGAUUGCUUGCUCGGCAAAGAAAGGGAGAACUGAAGCGGUUAAAUGAACAACUUCGUCAGAUUAAUGCGGCAUUAAGAAGGCAAGCAAAGAUUGAGUCUUAUGCUCCCACCUUAAGUUAUGCUCCUGUUGGUGGAAGAACAUUCGAGAGUGAUGUUAUUGUUGAUCCAAGGAAGGAGGAGUUAAUCUCUCGAUUGAAGUCUGGAAAGAACUUUUUGAGAAAUCAAGACCCAGAGAAGGCAUUUCUGGAUUUUAAGACUGCUCUUGAGCUUGCUCAGGGUCUGCAGGAUCCGAUUAAGGAGAAGAAGGCUGCAAGGGGCUUAGGGGCAUCACUGCAGAGGCAGGGGAAGUACAAAGAAGCAAUCAAAUACCAUUUAAUGGUUUUGGCAAUCUCUGAACGAGAAGGAGAAAAAUCAGGAAACACUGAAGCUUUUGGAGCAAUUGCUGAUUGCUACACUGAACUAGGCGAUCUUGAGAAAGCUGCCUUCUUUUAUGAUAGGUACAUAGCGAGGCUGGAAACAGACUGAUCUAUUUGCAAUCACCACUUGUAUUUUAAAACUUCAAAAUGUAGCCAAGUACUCUGUGUUUAUCAAUGGUAGGUAGCUCCUCUGCGGAAGAAUUAGCGUUCUUAUGUAGAUGUUGAGUUGAGAAUAACUGCAGAAUCGUAUCAUUCUCUAGUUUGUUCCAUCUGAAUGAAAUGAUUUUUCCAAGCAUUAAUU